UUUUGCAUGUAAAGAGACUUCACAACGACGAGCAAGGUCUCCGGAUACGCGGAAAACAGUGAAAAGAAACCAAAACUCAUAUUUUUCAAGAAGAAAUAUUGUUCGUAGUCUACAAUGGUGACUCUAAAAAUGGAGAUUUGCAUCGAGUUGGUGAAAUUGACCGUAGAUUUCGUCGCAGCCAUUGCAGAAUCAAUCAAAGUAGCUUUCCGCCACCACCGUCCUCCUCCGGUGAUUCAAUAUUCUUCGGGGGUAAAUAGUCGCCGGAGUAAUUACACCGCCGUUCCCAUUCCUCUUGUGGGGUUUCUGUAAUUAAUGUAUUCUUUCUCUUAUAUAUAUACAUGGUUCUUUUGUUUUUUGUUCAUCUUGUUCUAUUAUUAUUAGUACCGUACGUCAUGCCUCGAUCUAUCACGUUGUGCUUAAGACAAAAGUUAUGAUUUGUAUCGAAGAUCAAGAUGUGGUUUGUGUAUAAGUCAAAAAAGAUUCAUAAGAGUUUACGUGCACACCCGUGAAUAUAUAAAAAGCUUAGACGCUACCGAUCGUGUAUAUAUUUUCGUUUGUUUCAAUGUUUCAAAAAAGAUCAAUAAGAGUUUGGUUA